AUGCCUCCUAGUCAAGUGCCAAUCACUGGCAAGGCCAGACUGGUUGUCGAGUCUUUGGGUACGGUGGAAGGAUGGCAUUUCCAGAACGGCGUCCAGCAAUUUGCCGGAAUACCAUAUGCGACGUUGCCCAAGCGAUGGACGCGAUCAAUCCUAAAGACAUCUUGGCCGAAUGGCUUUCAUGACGGCACCAAACUUGGCUCUAGUGCCCCCAAUCCUCCAGAGUACAAUCACGGUACUGAUGUCCUCAUUCCCGUGGCCAAGGUGCCGCACUUUGAUCAUCCAAUCGAAGACGAAUUGAGCUGUCUAGUCAUGAGCAUCACAACUCCUCCAAGACAGGGGGAGAAGAAGUUUCCUGUCAUGGUCUACAUCCAUGGCGGGUCCUUUUUGUACGGGGGCGCCAAUGAGCCUGUCUUUGACGGUGUCAAUUUUGUGUCUCACUCAGUGAAUCGAGAUACCCCCGUUGUAGCCAUAAACUUCAACUACCGCGUCGGUCUGGGGGGUUUCCUCGCUUCCGAGGCCAUACGUCAAGAUCUGGAAAAGGACGGUUUCGCCGGAGUGGGCAACUUUGGUCUCUACGAUCAGCAGGUGGCUCUCUACUGGGUUCAACGAUAUAUCUCAGCCUUUAGAGGGGAUGCCGGUAAUGUCACUAUAUACGGCGACUCCGCUGGCGGUAUGAGCGUCUCCCACCAGAUCGCAGCCAAGAACCCGGCACCAUUCCAUCGUGCCAUUGCCAUGUCUGGCCAUCUGAACACCAUCCCGACAUGGCCACUCCAACACCACGAGAAGCAUUACCGGGCGCUUCUGACAUAUUUCAAAAUUGAUCCCGAUUCUUCAACAUCGCUGGAUGAGCUGCGUACCAUUCCACAGGAUAAAGUCUCAGCUGCAACAUUGCACGUGGAGGGGAUUUUUGUUUGUACUGGCAACCCCUGUGAUGACGGGGUGUUUCAUGCCACUCCACCAUCAUUCAGCCAGAUCAGUUCGCCACCCGAGUGGCUCAAAUCAUACAUGGUUGGUGAUGUCCUUGAUGAGGGCAUGAUCUUUCAUGAAAGCUUCGAGGAGGACAAUUUCUCGUCAGUCUACGAGACGUUGGCGUCGCACUGCGGACCGGAUGCAGCCAGCGAGAUUCUCAAUGCAUACGACAUUACUACGAAUACCCCUACAGACCAGUUUCUUGUACGGAUGGAGGACCUGGCAGGAGACACCACCUUCAAAGCUCAUAACCGGAUUGCUGCGCAUCGCUCCAAGAUUAGGCAGACGUUUGGCUAUCACUUUGACAGGCCCUGUACCCAUGACAGCCCACUGAAGGGUCUGGCGUAUCAUGCACUUGACCUUCUCUACCUGUUUCUCAAUUUUGAUGAACACUUUAGCACGGAGCAGAAACAAUUGGCCCGGUCCAUGGCAGAUCACUGGAUCGACUUUGCGUAUGGUAAGGACCCGUGGCCGCGCAUCAGUGAGAGCGCUUCCUGGAUGCGCUAUGGUGCGGAUGACUCUUGCCAAGUGGUCAGUGAGAGUGAGGAUGAGCCUGUGCGUAAAUACUCGCGGACGCAAAAGAUUAUUGACAUGGGCGUCUACGAACAGCUGAUAGCAGCGGUGGACCAUAUCGCCGUGAAGAGGGAUCGCAUGGGCAAAUUUGAAUGGUCACCCCCAAAGAUGGGCCAGUGA